AGGAGGGAUCGAGCUUCACUCUCAUGUUCUUCUCGUUCCUCUGUCUCACUGGCGCGGUGACGAUGAGCAGGCAGCGGACUCUCUGUUGUCUGGUGCGCACUCUCCCGUCUCCAUCGUCAGCUCUCCACGAUCACCAUGGAAGAGCCUAAUUAAUGCACGCAGCCUCUACGUGUCCCUCUCCUCGUCCUGCUGCUGCUGGAGCUGGUGCAUGCAUUUUAAACCUCCGCCGUCACUGAGACCGGACCUGCGAACCCAUCACACCCGGACCCACUGGACCAGGACCCGGGGAGGAGGAGAGGAGAGGACCGCGGCUCAACCCUGAAGUCUCCAGGAGAAAAAAGAGGCAAAUAAUGCCAGCAGCACCAGAGUCGCUCCCCCUGGUGACGUGCCAGCUCAUCGGUCAGACCGCUCUGCCCUCCUAUAGCCUCCCUCUCUACCCUGGCAGAUCCAUGCUGCUGGAUGCUCCUCACAGAGCCACGCCCGCACCAUGAGCGCCAACGGGCCCACCCCAGACCCAGUCCCAGCCCCCACGGCCCCAGUAGCCCCUCCCACCGCUACCCCUGCCCCUGCUCCGGCUCCGGCCCCGGCCCCGGCCCCGGCGGCGCCCGCUCCUCCUGCCCCGCCUGCCCCAGCGACCACCACUAUCCCAGUAGGUGCGUUGGCACAGAAGAAGCGGCAGCAGUAUGCCAAAAGCAAGAAACAGGGCAGUAAUGCCAACAGCAGGCCACCAAGGGCUCUGUUCUGCCUCAACCUCAACAACCCCAUACGCAGGGCCUGCAUCAGCCUGGUGGAGUGGAAGCCAUUUGAUAUCUUUAUAUUAAUUGCCAUUUUUGCCAACUGUAUGGCCUUAGCUGUCUACGUCCCCUUCCCUGAAGAUGAUUCAAACUCCAUAAACCACGACCUGCUGAGGAUGAGUGUGCUCUCCAGAAGCCUGACAGUCACACACAGUGUGGGCCUUAGUUGA